AGAAAAUUUUAAAAUUCAGCCACAAAUAAAGUAAUGACUGUUUUUCACGACGAAAUAGAAAUCGAGGAUUUCGAAUACGACGAAGAGGAAGAAGUUUACUAUUACCCUUGCCCAUGCGGCGAUAGGUUCCAAAUAUCCAAAAAUUGCUCGCGGGCGAAGAAGUAGCGACUUGUCCGAGCUGUUCCUUGGUGGUUAAAGUAAUUUACGACCAGGAGACGUUUCAGGAGGAGCAAAAUGAAGUCAAAAAACUAACCGAAGAUUUGAAAAAAUUAGAAGUGACUAAAUAAAAUGAGCGGUCGAGGCGGGCGAGGGGGCCGCGGCGGUCGCGGGGGGAUCAGUAAAUCAUUCAAUAGGGAGCAAUUGAGUGCUAUGGGGGUUGUCGGUAACGAGGUUUUGCCGGGACCUGUCACGCAACCGCCCCCUCUUUACCCGAUUUUAGACCGGAAGCCUGUGCCUCUGAAUCCAUCGGUAGAAACAGAUUAUCUGUUAAUUUUAAAACAGGAUUUAAUAGAUCACAUGCAGCUGUCACCGUCAUAUUUAAAAUUGCCGCAUGAUAAAAAUAAACAACCCGAACAGGAAAUUGACAAAUUGGUGGCGCAGUUGCCAAGUGUGAAAGAGAAAUACGACUGGACAUUGUUCCCUUCAGAGCUGAGACCAAAAGUUUUAGCCAAAAGAGUAGCCAAGAAAGUUGAGAAAAAUGUGGACGUACAACAGAAGCUCACUCAGUUGGAACAACUGGAGAGCGAUGAUAAAGUGGCUAAGGACGACGAUGAAGAGGAGAAUGUAGAAGAUGAUGAAAUUGUUGAAGAGGAACAAGACGAAGAAAUGGAUGACGGCACGGAUUAUGCAAAUAAUUACUUCGAUAACGGCGAAGAUUACGAGGAUGAAGAUGAUAACUUAGAUGAUGGGCCCAUUUAUUAAUUUAUUUAUUUUUACAAAAUGUAUAUAGCGUAAUAAAUUGAAAGUUUUUAUUUUCGAAUAA